CGUAACUCAGAGUGCUAUUUCCGAGCUAAUUGCUGUAUACUAGUAUACUUUGGUUUGGUGGAAUGAGAGGUGAUUAUAUCAGCUGUUGCAACAAUGCCUUCAGUUCAGCAUCUGAAAGAGUUCAUCAGGGAGAGGUUAACUGCUGCUGGAGAAGAAAUCUUCUCCGAGUUUGAGAAAACCAUCGUCCAGUUUGUGGAGGAGCUCAGUCAGCGCAGACUGGCGGAUAUCAGCCGGACACCCGAGAUAAAGUUACACAGUACAGACCUCCAAGAGCAACAUGGCCGUGAGGAAGAGGAGGCUCUGGAUGACCAGCAGGUCUGUAACCAGGAGAGGAACUCCAGUGUUGACCAGGAGGACACAGAACCUCCACAGCCUGAAGAGGAGCAGGAGGAAAUCUGGACCGGAGAGCAGCUUGUACUGAAGCAGGAUACCGAAGACAUUGUUGUUUGGGCCGGGGAGGAGCUUGAUAUCAUGUGGAAACCUGAAACAAAGCUGAACAGAAUGGACAUCCCACAACAACAUGACUGUAAGGAUGAGGUAGGACUAGAUGACCAGCAGAUCUGUAACCAGGACAGGAACUCCAAUCUGGACCAGGAGGACCCAGAACCUCCACAGCCUAAAGAGGAGCAGGAGGAACUCUGGACCAGUCAGGAGAGAGAGCAGCUUGUACUGAAGCAGGAGACCAAAGGCACCAUCAUCUGGACUGGGGAAGAGCUGGGUAUCAUGUGGAAACCUGUAAUAAAGUUGAAGAGAAUAGUCUUCCCGCUACCUGACUGUAAGGAGGAGCUGGUUCUCACAGACCAGCAUGUCUGUUACAAGGAGAGGAACUCCAGUCUGGACCACGAAUACCCAGAACUUCCACAUAUUAAAGGGGAACAGGAGGAAUUCUUUACAAGUCAGAAGGGAGAACAGGUCAUACAGAAGCCAGAGAUUGAUACCUUUCCUGCUCAUGAGGAAGGAGACCACAGUGAACCUGAACCAAACAUAGACCAACUCCUUUCUCACAACUCUCCUUUACCGGAUCAGGAAGAAGGCGAGGAUGAUAAUUCACCUAAAAACAAAUCAGAACAAAUCAUAACAAGCCUGAGAGGUCACACUAGCAAGAAGCCAUAUUUUUGUGGCACCUGUGGGAAAACAUUAAUUCGGCUGGCUUCCUUGAAAGUUCAUAUGAGAAUUCACACUGGUGAGAAGCCAUAUUGUUGUAGCACCUGUGGGAACACAUUUCGACAGCUGAUACACUUAAAAAGGCACAUGAGAAAGCACACAGGUGAGAAACCAUAUUGUUGUAACACCUGUGGGAAAAGACUGAGGCAUUCGACGGGCUUAAAAAGACACAUGAGAAUUCACACAGGUGAGAAACCAUAUUGUUGUAGCACCUGUGGGAAGACAUUUAAUCAGAUGACAACCUUGAAAGUUCACAUGAGAAUUCACACAGGCGAGAAGCCAUAUUGUUGUAGCACCUGUGGGAAAACAUUUAUUCAGAUGGCUGCCUUGAAAGUUCACAUGAGAAUUCACACAGGUGAGAAGCCAUAUUGUUGUAGCACCUGUGGGGAAACACUGAGAUGUUCAACAGAGUUAAAAAGGCACAUGGUAAUUCACACAGGUGAGAAGCCAUAUUGUUGUAGCACCUGUGGGGAAAAACUGAGAUGUUCAACAGAGUUAAAAAGGCACAUGUUAAGUCACACAGGAGAGAAAAAAUAUUGUUGUAGCACCUGUGGGAAAACAUUUAUUCGGCUGGCUUCCUUGAAAGUUCAUAUGAGAAUUCACACUGGUGAGAAGCCAUAUUGUUGUAGCACCUGUGGGAACACAUUUCGACAGCUGACACACUUAAAAAUACACAUGAGAAGCCACACGGGUGAGAAACCAUAUUGUUGUAGCACCUGUGGGAAAAGACUGAGGCAUUCGACGGGCUUAAAAAGACACAUGAGAAUUCACACAGGUGAGAAACCAUAUUGUUGUAGCACCUGUGGGAAGACAUUUAAUCAGAUGUCAACCUUGAAAGUUCACAUGAGAAUUCACACAGGCGAGAAGCCAUAUUGUUGUAGCACCUGUGGGAAAACAUUUAUUCAGAUGGCUGCCUUGAAAGUUCACGAGAAUUUACACAGGUGAGAAGCCAUAUUGUUGUAGCACCUGUGGGAAAAGAUUCACUUAUUUGAGACAUUUGAAAAAGCACAAGAGACCAUGAUACUUAAGUUUUGUUCAUACAAAAAAUGUGAAAGCUGUCAGACAUGGUGUGUUGAUGGUAGAGCGUGUGCAUUUUUUGCUGCAUCCACACAUACACAGGUAUAUUUCUAACUGUGGCUUUUUAUACUCCAGUGUAAAAUAAAGUGGGAGAAUGUUGUCAUCAUGAUUUCUAUCUGACCUUAUGUCUGUCUAUCUGUGAGGUUUUACCUUCCUGGAUUACAAAACUACAAGGAGUUGAACCAAUAAAAUUUGGCAUGUGUUCUUUCCCAUUCAAAUGUGUGCAAUCCGAUUUUCAUAUUCCUGAAUGUUUAGUACCUAGUGAUGGGUAGAUGAGGCGUCAUGAAGCGUUU